UCCAAUUAAGUUUAAAGUAAAGUCCUAUAAGUUAUAUGGGUAUAAACUGUAUAUAUUUUGGAAUAUGGCAAAUAUAUUCUUGUGUCUUGCUUUGGGAUUCUUAUACAUGUUUACGGCUAAUGCUGCAUUGCCAAAAAGCCAUUAUGGAAAGGAAUUCUAUAUCGGGAUGCUUGCUGAAGAUACCUGGACACCUGAUUUCCAAAUCGAUAUUGCAUCAAAAGAAAUGGGGAACGCGUACCUCGACAUUCCAUAUUUGAACAUACAUCGGAACCAAAGCUUGUCAAAAGGAGACACCACUCUGAUGGUUAGCAAUACAUUAAUUCGUGGAGGAACAUUUACAGAAAACCGUGGUAUAUACUUGAGUGCAGAUGUACCUGUGGCUGUAUAUGUGACGUGGAAAGCUAUAUCUGAUGUGACGGAUACUUACUUAGCAUUACCAUUGACUUCAUUAGGAACACGGUACACUGUUGCCUCUUACGACCCUUGUUGCGGUUAUAAGUCUGGGAUGAUGGUAAUCGGUGCCUAUGACAAUACAACUGUUACAAUUACAGAUCGUUCCAACAGGAACACUUCAUUCAGUUUAAAGGCUUUACAUGUUCAUCAACUAUCAAGUCAAACAGACAUUUCUAAUAUGGUCAUUUGGUCAGAUAAGCCAGUUGCUGCUAUAUCGGGAACAUCCUGUGCUAAUGUUCCGCAUCACGUUGGUAACUGUGAUAUGCUUUUGGAACAAAUGAUUCCAUCACAAUCGUCUUGGGAUACAAUGUUUAUUGUUCCUCCUAUCUUCCCUAAACUAGGAUAUCUUGUUAAAGUGUUUUCUGUCAGUAAUGCAAAAUUUUGCUUUAAAAAUGUUUCGACAACACUUUGUAACCAGUCGUACAAAGACGAAUAUUUGAUGGGAACCGGUCCAGUAAUAAUUACUUCGAAUGCUUCAAUCAGUGUUGUGCAGUAUGGUGUUGGACAGGACUACGAUCAAAUUCCUUCUGAUGAAUUUAUGACUAUAAUUCCAGGCAAAGGCAACUAUCUGAAUAAAUAUUACUUUGUCAUUCCUAGACUGUAUUCCUCACUAACAAAUCGUUUGUCAAUCGUUGUUCCUACUACUGAAGCAGGAGGUCUCCGUUUAGAUGGGUCGCUGCUGACUUCAGCGAAAUCGUAUUCAGUUCCGGAUCCGUUUUCCAACUAUACUGUACUUAUCAUAAACGUAACUGUUGGUUACCAUGAACUGAAUCAUAUCCAUACCGACGUAAUGUUUGGAGCGACUGCUUACGGUUUAGAUACUUAUAUUGGAUAUGGUUUUCCCGUCGGAUUUGGAUUUCCGUUAGAAAAAUCCCUUACUACUCCAGUGAAUAAACCAACUACGACACCUGAAACAGUCACUACUUCUGAUGUGCAUCCUGUAGAACUUACUACUUCACCAACGCAGAUGUCAAAGAAUGUAACGUGUUACUCUUGUGAUGACCUUAGUUACGUUGAACUGUGUGAUGUUGUCAAGCACUGUGACGUUAAUGAGAUUUGUUACCUGAAGAGUUACAUGAAAUUUGGACGAAAGUUAUACAGGUCAGGAUGUAUGCAGCCAAACAUGUGUUUGCAAGAAAUGGACUCCUAUCAAUAUUUGCCGGAUAAAUGUGUUGAGUGCUGUUCAGAUCAUUACUGUAACCAUAAAGGAUGUGGUGAUAAUGGGUUAGUACCACGAAGCCAACGCGGUCCUCUUUGCUACGACUGCCUCUAUGAACGGUCACCGGAAGACUGUAAUAAACUUGCACUGUGUGAGCAAAACGAGUUCUGUAGUACUGAAGAGUUCAAAUGGGGAGAUCAUUCUCAUUUCAUAAUGGGCUGUUCAGAUGAACAGUGUUCCCGUUCGUCAAGAUCGGUGCACGUUGCGACACGUGCUUUGCCAGUUUGUCGUUCAUGCUGCACGGAUGAUUACUGCAACAUGAACUGCACAAGAAGUGAUGUUGGAUCAAUUCUCGUUGGAUAGGGAAGCAGGAACCGGCAUGACAUGCUGAAAUGACGAACCUUACUUUAUAACAUAAAUAAUCAGACAUUUCUAUUGUGUAUGUGAGUGCUGUAUGUAUGUUAACCAAAGGUCGUAGUACGAAAGGAUAAGGAAUCUAUACCGUCAUUGCUGUACUAUUUCAUUACAAUAAAGUAUUGUUACUGAAAAGUCAUGCUCUGCAACUGACCAGUGA